AUGUGGAGAGAGCGAUUGGAGGUACUUGCCACAGGUUUGGGGAGUUUUGCAUUCACUGUUGUAGAGGCUGCGGAGGUCGGCGGUAGCGACACCAGGAUACGAGACAUACCCAACAUAGAGGAAGAAAGAGAAAAGAUCGCCGACUGUACGGGGGUGACCUGUUCGAUCUUUUACUUUAUCGAGACACUGACGAAAUCCCAUGGGUACUGGGCAAUAUUGACCUUGGGGGCGGAGGAAGGGUUUGCGGAUGCAAAGGAGGAGUGCGUUGAUGGCAUCGAGAAGAUUUUUGAAGAGGCCACCGUCGGCGAUGACUGCUUGGAGUUGUUGGGAGAAUUGGGAGCAUUUGCGGAGCCACUCGGGUUUGGGUUCUUUGCCACCUUUUCCAUUUAA